AUGUCAAAAGCAGGACGAAUUGAGGAAGAAGAAGAAGAAGACCCAACAGAUAUAUUCGAUACAUCACUAUCAUCCUUAUUCUCAAUUCCUCCUAUAGGUUUCGCACCGGAUCAUAAUGGUUACUUCACUUACAAUACACCUAUUUCGGAUAGCCAAAAUCCAGCUACUCAGUCUAAAGCGAUAAAGCUCAAAAUACCUUCACCGCCUUCAUCGCUCUACACCACUCUUCAAGCCCAACUCAUCUGGCCAUCGUCAAUCUACCUUGCCGACCUGAUCUCCCUCGGAACGAUAGAUGUCAAAGACAAAAACGUAGUGGAAUUAGGCUCAGCGGCUGGGUUACCUGGUGUAGUUGCCAGUAUCAGGGGAGUGAAGAAGGUCGUAUCGACAGAUUAUGGGGUCAAAGAAGUGUUAGAUGUUCUAGAAGAUAAUUUCAGAACGAAUAGUACGAAGGAUAACCAGGAUAGGUGGGAGGUGAAAGGUCAUUGUUGGGGAGAUAGUGUUGAUGAUUUAGUAAAGUGCAUUUCACCAGAAUUAAUAAAGUCCAAUGGACUCGGGUCGAAAGUGAUCGACGCUCAGAAUGAGGAAGAUGGUCAUACAAGUAAUGAAGCUACCAGAACCAAAUUCGAUAUGAUCCUAGCUGCCGAUGUCCUAUGGACCACCUCCACCCAUCAGAUUCUCCUCGAUUCUAUUAUCUCAUUAAUGACCAAGGACGGUAUAACCCACAUCACAGCUGGACUACAUACCGGUCGAGGACCAUUGGAACGGUUUAUGCGUUCCGCCAAAGAUAGAGGGUUAGUCGUGGAAUAUAAAGGUGAAGUUAGAUUGAAAGGUGAUAAUUCAUGGGAAGAAUAUAAUCAAUCUAUGGCGGUAGAAGGAGAGGAAGAAAGAGGGGUGGUAGUUUGGUUUACACUUAGAUGA